AUGUCAAUCUUGCGUCGUUUGAGGGGAGCCUCGAAUAGAGCAUCGAAUAGAGAAUCCAAUAGAGCUGGAAUGGGUAGUGACGCAGAGGUUUCCCAAUUCAACACAGACGCCGCAGAUACUCCACCCCCACCUGCUUAUACGCCAUACGAUAACGGUCCAGUACAGCCACGUGCUACCUCCUCAGGCUACGCUCCACCCUCACACCCACCGCCACCACAAGCUGCUUGGCUCGAUGACGCACUCCAACAGCUCAAAGGCAGGAGUGAAGAUCCCUUACAAUUCCUCUCACGAUACGACACUUGCUUUCUCAUCGAUGAUUCUGGUUCAAUGGCAGGCGGUUUGUGGAAACAGGCUUUGUCUGCUUUAGCGGGGCUUCUGGAGAUUGCCACCAAGUACGAUCCAGAUGGUGUUGAUGUACUUUUCCUCAAUAACCCAGCGGUUGCAAACAAUGUAACAAACGUUAACACUCUCUACAACCUCUUUCACUCGGUCCAGCCAUCUGGUUCUACACCCACUGGUACACGUCUAGAAGACAUACUACUCAAAUACCUUAACGAUUAUGAAAAUAGCAACGGUACAGUGAGAGUGAGACCACUAAAUGUCGUAGUCGUCACCGAUGGCACUGCCGAAGAUGACGUUGAAUCGGUUAUACUCACUGCUGCGCGAAGACUCGAUCGGCUCAAUGCGCCGCUUUCUCAAGUCGGUAUACAAUUUAUACAGAUCGGCGAUGAUCCAUCUGCUACAGUGUGGCUACAUGAGUUGGAUGACGAGAUACACAAAAUUGGCGGUGGUUGUAGAGAUUUGGUCGAUACAACACCUGUAGUCGAUGUUAUCGAUGGCGGCAAGGAUGGCUUCGAUGCUAAGUACCUCCUCAAAGCAAUGCUAGGUGGGAUUAAUAAGAGACACGACCGAGUUGAAAAUGUGCAACAUUGA